AUGGGAAUCACUCGCUGCGGAAGACACAAACGUAAGAAAUCUGGUGGAACCAGAAAUCAGAUGCAGAAGAAGAGGAAGAACAUGAUGGGCCGACAGCCAUCGAAUACGAAGAUUGGCGCAGAGCGAAUCAAGGCAUUGCGAUGCAGGGGCAGCAACAUCAAGCAGAGGGCAUUGCGCCUGAAUGAGGGCCUAUUCGCGUUUUACGAUGGGAGCGAAUACGUCUCAAACACCUGCAAAAUUGAGCAGGUGAUUUAUCACCCAAGCAGCAACGAGCUGAUGAGGACGAAUACGCUCACUAAAUCAGCUGUGGUGAAAAUAUCAGCAGAGAACUUCAGCGUGGAGAAACUGGGAGACAUUGACCGUGUUCUGAAUGUGAUGAAGAGCAGGGGCUUCUUCUACGGAAUUGUCACAAGCAGGCCAGGCCAGGAGGGAAAAGUGGUUGGCCACGUUCUCCAGGGGGAAGAACUGGAAUUCUACCAGAACAAGCUGAAAAAGGGCAGAAUUGAGGCAGCCUGA